UCUUGUUAACAAUGAAGAUGGAGAGUAUGCGGUGGCACACUCUACUAAGCAAUCACCUCAUUUACAAUCAGUACAAGAGAAAACUGUGGCUUCAUACCCAUUGUCAGAUGCUCUAAUGCUUGUUCCUUCAAUAGAAGGAGCUUUUUUUGAA